AAAUUAAUAUGAAAAGAGAGAGCCAGAGCCAGAGCCAGAGCCAGAGCCAGAGCCAGAUUACUCGAUAGGUCACGGAUAAGUAGGUCAUUUUAACUCUGGUUCUUGAAAUCUCAACAAAGAUUUUUCGCCCACUCCACUACACCUAUUCCCAGGGUGAGCAAUGGCGUCCUCAAUUUCGCUCUCCUUCUCUUCUGCCCUGCUUCCCUCUCCUCUUUUUCAACCCCACAUUAACACAACAGCAGCCACUCCAUUCACCACCAACACCUCCAGGAUUCUUCUUCUCUGCGCAUUCACUGCCGCAUCAACAACUACAUCUACUAGACGACCCACAUCAUCAUCAUCUACUAAGAAGAGGCACUGGAAAGAAGGAGAGUUCCCUGGGGCUGGAAUAUCAGAGACUUCGGUGGUUGGGACUUCGAAAAAGCCACCUAUUAAGAAUAUCAAGAAGAAAUUGGACCGCAAAAACAAGGCUAAGGCCUGGGUCAACACUGUCACCGAGGCCUUAUCUGACUCCAUUGAUAAAAAGCUAUGGCUCCAAUCCCUUGAGGUUUUUGAGAUGCUUAGAGAACAACCAUUUUAUCAACCAAAGGAAGGGACCUACAUGAAACUCCUCGUUCUGCUUGGUAAAUCUCGACAACCUCAUCGAGCACGUCAGCUUUUUGACCAGAUGAUCGAAGAGGGGUUGGAACCCACCUCAGAACUCUACACUGCCUUGCUUGCAGCUUAUUGUCGCGAAAAUCUCAUUGAUGAAGGUUUCUCUAUUCUUAACCAAAUGAAAACUCUGCCUAGUUGCCAGCCUGAUGUUUUUACCUACAGUACAUUGAUCAAACCUUGUGUUGAUGCUACACAAUUUGAAUUAGUUGAAUCCUUGUAUGAAGAUAUGGCUGGACGACUAAUAAUCCCGAACACUGUUACACAGAAUAUAAUGUUAAAUGGAUACGGCAAAGCAGGGAAAUUCGAACAGAUGGAGAAAGUUCUAUCUGGGAUGUUGGAGAGUACUGCUUGCAAACCUGAUGUUUGGACUAUGAAUACCAUACUGAGUGUGUUUGGCAAUAAGGGUCAGAUUGAUAUGAUGGAGAGAUGGUAUGAGAAGUUCCGGAAUUUUGGUAUUGAGCCAGAAACUCGCACUUUCAAUAUUUUGAUUGGUGCUUAUGGGAAGAAAAGAAUGUAUGAUAAGAUGUCAUCAGUGAUGGAGUACAUGCGCAAGGCUCAGUUUCCAUGGACAACGUCAACUUUCAACAAUGUGAUUGAGGCUUUUGCAGAUGCAGGGGAUGCAAAACAUAUGGAGUACACGUUUGAUCAGAUGCGUGCUGAGGGUAUGAAAGCAGACACUAAAACUUUCUGCUGUCUUAUCAAUGGAUAUGCCAAUGCAGGUGUUUUCCAUAAGGUUAUCAGCACCGUUCAGCUGGCAGCAAACUUUGAGAUUCCUGAAAAUACCUCUUUCUAUAAUUCAGUCAUAUCUGCAUGUGCAAAAGCAGAUGAUUUAAUGGAGAUGGAGAGGGUCUUUAAGCGUAUGAAAGAUAAGCACUGCACUCCAGAUUCAAGAACCUACUCUAUCAUGGAGGAAGCAUUUAGAAAGGAAGGCAUGAAUGACAAGAUAUAUGAUCUGGAGCUGGAGAAACAGGAGGUGCUUGCCAAUGGUUCAGAGAUUGAUGAGGCCACCUGACUGAAGUCUAGAUAAGACUGCAUAUCUACUUAUUACACAGUUCAACAUUCUUGUGAACUGGAUUCAGCAUGUGGUGAGAUCACUGAUAGGGAUGCAAUGUGGCCGGCAUAUGCCUAGUGCUUGUGGACUGGUCUCCUGUAAAACUCAUGUUCAUUAUUUGCCAAGUUCAAAAAGAUAGGCGGUAGGCGGUCAAGCUCUAACUUAGUGGAAUAACUAAACCUGCAAUUGCUCCCUAUCUCAUUACAUGGGUAGAACUAUUGCAAUAAAUUUUUUAGCCAUCUCCUGUACCAAGCACUUGACAAGUUAAUCAUCACCUCUGCAAAGUUGAGUUAAUCUCGUUGGCCCUUUUGUUCCUCCAAAGGUACCAAUUUAACAUUGAUUGCUCUUUGUUAUUGUGAUGUGCAAGGAAGCUAUGAUUGUCGGAUUAAAGAGUGAAGAACAACCAUCUAGCUUCUUUGAUGUGUACAACUCUGUGGCUUAAUCUUUUUGAUGCGUUCCCUCCUUUUGUAUGCCUAUAAAGAUAAUCAUAUGAUUUACGAAGUUGUUGAAAGAUGUUGAAACUGCAGCUGGUGGUUGUAGAACUA